AAGCAUGAAAAGGCGACACCGUAACGCGGCGGAGGUGGCGAUUCAAAUUCGAGCGUUCGAGGUGAAAACGAACCACGAAUACAGAACUUGAACACCGUUAUGCGCUUAAUAUGCAACGACGGUGUUAUCGUUCGAGGGGAGAAGAUGGAACCGUGUGCACGUUUCCUCGGUCGUUGGUUUAUCGUCAUUCGAAAACUUCGAGUCCCCAGGACCGUUCCAUCGAGAGUUCCAACUCUAUUGUAAACGUACGCGCGCGUGCGCGAGUUCUGUUUCUCCGCUUACUCUGCUAGAGCGAGCGAUGAUCGAAAAGUACGGAAAAAGUUUGCGAAUCUUUCGCGUCUUUGGGCUGUUAUUUUCAUUAACGAUCGUAGUCGCAAACGCUGACGAAAUCUCCAAAAACGCGACUACGAUCGCCAACGAUGAAGCGGCCGUCCCAACGUCUAUUAGCCGCGAGGAUAAAAUGGAAGCGAGAUCCGAAGGAGAGACUCUGCUGGGAAUAGAACCAUCGACGAGAAGUGUUGAGUGGCAAAAUAGCGGUCCAUUUACUCGUCGCAAGGACAGCUAUUUGGACGCAUUAAGACAUUCUCGAACUAGCACGGAUCCUCGCGAAGGAAUAGUUGCAGUAGAUGCAACGACAAGUAGCUCUAUUCUACGAAGAAAGGAACAAUCGGUGGGACCAGUCUAUGCAGGAAAAAGGUCCGAGAUAUCUUUCCAAACCAGCUCGGACAGAGAUUCCUUCUCCAUGGUACCGAGCGAUUCGUAUUCUUUGCCGACACGAUCGUCCAGUGACUUUUCGGGCUUCAAAAGUUCUUACGGACCUCCUCGAUCGCAACCACCGCGUGAAACGUACGGACCGCCGCGUGAAACAUACGGACCACCGCGUGAAACAUACGGACCACCUUAUCACGACCAAUCUUCCUAUGGGGGAGAAUACACGUCCGUUGGUGUAUAUCCGACUCAGCCACAGCAAGGUGAGACACGAGCGUACGGAGUUCCACAUGGAAUGACCGAAUCGGUGCAUCUCGGUUUUCCAUCUAUCGACUUCUCUUGGCCCUUUGCCCUCAAGCUCAACGCCUUCACUCUGGCCAAGAUACUUUUGAAAUUGGUUAUUUUCAAAAUGAUAGUUAAGUUUAUCGCUGUUAUCUGUCUGCUGCUUUUCAUCCCCAAAUUGGAGAUUAAAAAGACGAUCAAGAAGGUGAAUAUGCAGAGCAACAACGAUGACGAUGACGAUGAAGACGAAGGCCGUAGUUUGCGAAACGCUAACUGGAAAGUAUGGGAUAGACUAAAUCUCUUGACCUUGGUGGUAGACGAGGCAUGGAAACAACACGAGAUCGCGAACGAAUCUCGCUCCAGUGAAUGCUCCACGCUCGAGUGCCAAGUUCGUAGAGCCUUCAAAAACGACCAAUCGUGGCCCGAUUAUGAGCAAUUACUGCAGAAUUAUAUUAUGGAGGAAACGCGGCGCCUUCAAACCAAGUCUUAGCCUAUUAGCUGUUUGUUGAUUCGUCCUUACUUAUGGAAAUCUUUCGGUUCGACCGCACUCAGUGAUUCAUCCAUGAUCACAUUGCUCAUGUCGCGUAUUUAUACGUUACCUAGCUAUUAGUACAGUCGAGAAUAAGAAUAAGUGGACAGGUAUCGAUCGAGUCUCGUUAAAUACGGCUUGUUGCCGCACAAACGUGUAAAUAUCAAUUUCCAUUAUUUAUUAAACGCAUGUAUGUACUAUAAGGAUAUAUAAUAAAUAGACUGCGGAUUUUCACGCAUUCGUAGAAAAUUUUCAGAUGCGAAGAUACACGUUCGAAGAAUGUACACCGUAUGCAAAAAUAUAUAUAGAUAUUUAAAUUAUAAUAGCCUCUGUCGUAUUUAACUAGUCAGCUGUUCUUGACGAAUAUACUCGUCGCGAAGAAAUGGUAAUAAUAUCGACGAGCUCCGUCAGCAAUAAAAUUAAACAAUAAAACAGUCGUUUCAUUGUAAUUUAAUUCUACAUUAUAACAGUCGCGCAUACUCUUUGCUUGACGAGUAUACUCGUCACCGCUUACUUUUUGCCACACAUUUUAAGUACGCACUUUUCAAAUAGGUCGAAACAGCUAACUGGUCGAUAGACGAAGCAAUUUUAUAUCCAUAUUUUUUAAUAGUAUUCGUAGAAAUAUGAAUUUGCUUGAAUAUCCGCAGUCUAUCAACGAAUAAAGCUUAAGUAUAAUGCUAAUAUAGUAUGUAGUUCGAUUAAACUUCGUUCAUAUGUACCUGCUUCCUCUACCUCUCCACUCUUAUUUUUCUCUCCGACUGUACACGCAUGUACCUAUAUGAUGUGUAUCACGAGAUCUACGUGACUCGCUCGUUGUCUUCUCGUUGAAUAAAUAUACGUAUAUCGUCGACAUUGGA